AUGCAGAAUACUUCGUCACAAGGCAAUAAGUUAGUGAAUAAACAAAUUGUGGAAGAAAUAUAUUCAAGAAUUCAACAUACGAUAAAUCCUAUUGACGCCAGUGAUCGUGUACUUGUCGCAAUAAUAAAAGCGUUAAUUUCUUUAAAUAAUGAGCCAUCAAGCCCAAGACAACUUGCGGAUUGUAUACAGAAUUAUGAUUUUACACAGUUAGGUGGGCAGACUCCGUUUGCCACUGUAUCGGGCCACAUAUCAACUCAUUUCUCUCGUGUUCGUCAACGAGUAAUUCCAAAGCCAAUAAUAGGGAAGCAACCUCAUCCGACGAUCACAAAGAGAUCAUUAUAUUAUUUUCUUGAUCCGGAUGACGUUUUACAAGAAUUACUUUCAGAGAACUUUCCAACUCAAACGCCAACACCGGAUUCACCAACCACAAAUGAAUCAACCAUAAGUGAGGAUCAAAGUUACGCUAAUACCCCAACGACGCCGUCAUCCUCUGUAGUGGAUAUCAAAGAGGUGGUGGAUGUCGACCAUAUAGAUCGAAACGGUGAAUCUAUCAGUGAUACCGAAAAUCAAUAUCCUCAUCAAAAAAUUUUCCAGAAUACCCGAACAAAGGCUCCGACAAUUGAACCUGCUGCUGCGCCUCAUGGCAUUACAAGUGACACGAAGGACAAGAAGAAGGGGUCAUACGAUACAGGGGAGAGGAACGGUGUGAUACAACCCUUAUCCCUUAAUUAUUUGCCCCCUAUUCCACGUAAUCCUGAAUCACCGAGGAUUUCAUUAACCCCUGACAUACAUAUAAUGAGAAUGAAUGGGUUGGAAGUUUUUACGACAAGAAUAAAUGGGUCUGUGUUGUUGCGCAGAGUUGAUAACAGUUAUGUUGACAAAUAUUCAUUAUUAGAAACUGGUGGACGACGAGCGAGAAACAGUGAUCGAAGAUGGAUUUCAUUGGAGGAAGCACAGAUAUUGGCAUCGGAGUUAAAUAUAGAGCAAAAUCUUGGCAUGUUUCUUUAUGAAAGAUUGUUCGAUUAUUUCGAUGUUGAUUUGGAUUAUGCUACAACGUCUAACGGUUGUUGCGCAGGUGCUUUCAACAUUAAAGAAGCCAAUUCUGCUCCUAUUGCCGAGGCUUCUGAAUAUUACGGGGGGUACAGUGACGAGUAUGGCUAUUCCAUGGACAAGCAUCAUGAUAAGGACUACUAUGACGGGUAUGGUGAUUCCAAGGACAACCAUCAUGAUAAGAACUACAAGCGCAC